UGGCGCUAAUGCGUGGCAGACAGUGCCAAUGCUUUUGAAGAACAUGAACCCACCUGCAGUAGGCAGCCUGGGAUCCUCUCUGAAUUGAAACUUGAUGCUUUUCAGCAAAGACACACCUCUUUCACGGUGUUGUGCAAAUUUCUCUAUUUUCAACAUAGGGACAGGAAAUAUGAAAUGGGACAGGCAGGAUCCAAAGUGCCGCUGUCACUUGGGCCAAAGUUUAUCAGCUCUUGACAAAGAUUGGCUUGCGAUGAAGCUUUCAUCAGGAAUGCCCUGAAUUGCCAGAAGGUUGGACCUUCGAGGAAGUUGCUGCCUCUAUACUAGCAGGGUUUUUUUUUUCCCCUUCAGCAUUGACAUUGCUCCUUCUGUCUGGAACAGCUCUACAGGACUUUCCCUCCACCCCUUUUCCCUUCUUGCUUCUCAUGCUUUAUUAUUUCCUGACUCUACAGUGGGAUGGGUCUCUUGCAAAAGAUUCUGGUGCCUUUUGUAGCAUUGGCCUUGGCCUUCUGUUUUUAUUCAAGAAAGGAAGACUUUAAACCCGAAAUGCUGAAAGGGAAGCGUGUGAUUGUUACAGGGGCAAGCACUGGAAUCGGUGAGCAGAUGGCAUACCACCUGGCACACAUGGGUUCCCACAUACUGGUCACUGCACGGACAGAAGCCAAGCUUCAGAAAGUGGUUGCUCGAUGCUUGGAACUGGGUGCAGCAUCCGCCAGGUAUAUGAAUGGCAGCAUGGAAGAUAUGAUAUUUGCUGAGCUUGUGGUGAAGAAAGCAGAGGAAUUAUGGGGAAGCUUAGAUAUGCUUAUACUAAAUCAUGUUGGCAGUUCCUACUUUGGCUUUUUCAACAGUGAUGUUGGGCAUGUGCAAAAGCUGCUGGACAUCAAUUUCCUAAGCUAUGUCACCAUGACAGUGGCAGCUCUCCCCAUGCUUAAGAAGAGUGCUGGAAGCAUUGUAGUUGUUUCAUCCAUGGCAGGCAAAGUUGGCUUCCCCUUAUUAGUUCCUUAUUCUGCAACUAAAUUUGCUCUGGAUGGAUUUUUCAGCUCCUUGAGGCAGGAACUUGUCAUGCAGAAUACCAAUGUUUCCAUCACACUUUGCGUUCUUGGACUCAUUGACACAGAAAAUGCCAUGAAAACAGUUUCUGGUGUUUUCACAUCUCCAGCAGCACCGAAGGAGGAGUGUGCCUUAGAAAUCAUUAAGGGUGGAGCUCUGCGCCAACGGGAAGUUUAUUAUGAAUAUACAUCUACAAAGUUUCCUCUAUUAAUCCGAGACUGGGUUCCAGAUCUCCUAGACUACCUCAUCAGGAGGAGCUAUAAUACGGAAAAACUAAAGUGAGAUUAAUUGCAGUCUUAUCAUGCUUUUGCUUGUCCAUAGAUCUUUCCUGCUAUGUUUCACAGGCCUGUAGUGCUAUAGCCAUGCCUCCUUUUUAGCACAGGCUGUCUCUCAUUUAUCUAAUACUAUAGCACAAGGCUGAAAGUGCUGGGCCUCAGUCAGCUUUUACAUGGAAACCUAAAAACCACUACUGCAUCUUGGAAUUCAAGGCUACAAAUAUGUGUGCUUCCUAUGCUCCUGAGCCGGGCAAAGAACAGGAACUGUAGUUAGUCAGGGAGCUUGAGGGGAAAGCUAUUGAAUUCACAAGCACUGACAUGUUCCUGAGCUUCAUCCCUUUGGGAAUUCCUCUUGUUCUGAGCACGGUGCUCUUGAGGAAAACAAGGCAUGGAAGAGGACGUCCAUGAGAACAGAGGUUGUACUAGGGUGCUGAGUUUCAUACUAGGGUGUCUCAUCUCUCCCUUAUGUUCAUGAAGCUGCAUGUGCGGAACCAGAAUUUCUUACAUGCACAGGCAGGCAACCAAAAGACACUGCACAGUGCUGUCUAAACUGCUUCAGGAAGAACCACUUGGAACUUGGAAUACAGUACUUGGAAAUAAAAGUUUGCCCAAAUUUUAGAUUUGGCUAAAGCAAGCAAGAUUUUUUUUUUAAGGACAAAAAAAGAAGAAGAAGAAG